AUGGUGGGGUGGGGUCGCCUUUUGCGUCGUCCGCACGAGACAACAUCCCCACCACCUCUGAAAACUCACGAGUGUAACACACACUCUUCCGAGAUUGGAACUGAUAUCGAAGUGUACCAGUGGCUCCAAGCGCUGUUCGCUGUGGCCAGAGUCUUCUUACACGCGCACACAGACGCAGCCAGCCGUGCGGACUUCCGAAGCAAACAUUUCUCUUUACACCCCCACCGAGCUGCACCUUCUCCGAAGGCCAUGCUGCUCAGACCUAUCUGUGAGGCUUUUAAGACGCUUGCGCAGGUCGGAGCCCUCAGCAGAUCAGUAACGCGAGAAACUAUGUGCGGCGCGAGGAAGGCACGACAGUUGGCAUCGACAGCGACGACACCAGUCGCCAACACUAGUGAGAGCACACAAUUGCCGCAGCGCUCCAUACGUACGCAGCAGCUAAUGGGCAGCGUCUUGAGGAUAGCCAGUUACGUGUGUCUCUCUGACGCCCUGUCAACCAGGAUCAAUAUAGGGACCACUGAAAGCGCGACGCAGCCCGGUGGAAAGCGACGGAACAGAUCAACAGUCUCUUCGGAAGCGUUUUGGAUUCAAACAGUAUCAAACUCGCUGUCUGCGAAACAAAGGAUGGCUGACAAUGCGACAGCAAACGUUACUGCUCCGGCGUGCCUGAUCAACCUCAGCGCAGUGCUGAGUAUUAAUGGUGGACCUGUUCAUGGCCGGGGAUGCAGUCGACCAUCAUCGAAGCUCUGCUUGCUCACUCUGAGCGCCCUCAUUGUCGAAGAGCAACCACGUUUUCAUCCGCACUGGACACGCAGAGGAGAUCUUUCGAAUGCACAUAUCGUGUAGUGACCUCCAAAAUGCCCCGCUUCUCUCCUCUUUCUGCGCAAGGACUUUGCUGACCCUUUCUCAUACCAAGAUGCGUAUCUUCUAGGCAACGUAACGCAGUAUGUAUCCUGCACUCCGCGACCGCCGCAAACCUCGUGACUCAUGAACGCAUGAAACCGACCGGGAGGGUAGGAC